AUGCUCGCUGUCAAGAACAAGAUGCGAUCUACCCACAACAUUCGCAAGAACUUUGUACCAAAGAAUCAGUCCCGGACAGUCUCGCGCCUCACCAUUUCGCUGCAGAAAUCGGACAAGGUGAUGGAGCCGGUGGAGCUCCGUCUGAAACCGGGACGCCUUGCAACGAGCGCAAGCGGCUCGCCAGCAACGUCCAGGUGGUCUGACCGUGUGUGCGUCCGCAGUCUAGACAAGGGCCGCCACCAGAAGCGCUAUCUUUACAAGUAA